CACAAAAGAAAAAGAAAAGAAAGGUUAGUUUAUAUGUAUUCAACUAUGCUAAGUCCCAUCUCUCCAGAGUUUUAUAUUGAUGAUUGAUUAGCAACUUUCUCAAAGAUCUCUUUACCACACCUGAGUAAAAAUAAAAAAUAAAAAAAAACCUAAGGAGAAAAAAAGAUAAUACCAUUUACAUUAGACUGAUUUUUGACGUGAGUCUGCUUUAGUACCUAAUAUGCUAUGUCCAUUUAAAAUUCUUUUUACAUGGUCUGAAAUUUUGUUUUCUUAGCAGGUUUCAACUUCUCUUAAUCUACCUCCCCCCAAAUUUUAAAAUAUUUUCUUGUUGUUAUUUUUAUUUUUAGCCCUCUCUCUUACCCAUAUUAUUCUCCACCCUUUUUCAGUAUGGUUUCUGUUCUGGAUUCAACGGGAAUGUAGAUUUCCUUCAACCACUUCAUACCCGUUUCUUAGUUGAGACAGAUUGCCAGAGUCCAGUGUCAUCUUACAGAUUCUGUUGGUGUCAAAGGAUGUUGCUUCUUUAUAUUGUGCUAAGAAAGCCCUUGUUUUGUAUGGCUGUCUGUGACACGUUUCUGGAUGACAGCAGCAAUAAUGCCUUCUACUUUCUAGGCAGAAGAGAGGCAAAGAGAGGAGCAGCUGGUCUCAUUUGACAGCCAUGAGGAGUGGAACCAGAUGCAGAGCCAGGAGGAUGAAGUGGCCAUCACUGAGCAGGAUUUGGAACUUAUUAAAGAAAGAGAAACAGCAAUUCGGCAGCUGGAGGCUGACAUUUUGGAUGUCAAUCAGAUAUUUAAAGAUUUGGCCAUGAUGAUCCAUGACCAAGGUGAUCUGAUUGAUAGCAUAGAAGCCAAUGUGGAAAGCUCAGAGGUACACGUUGAAAGAGCCACUGAACAGUUACAGCGAGCUGCUUAUUAUCAGAAAAAAUCUCGCAAGAAGAUGUGUAUCCUGGUGCUUGUCCUUUCAGUGAUUGUUGUAAUCUUGGGACUCAUUAUCUGGCUAGUUUACAAAACGAAGUGAUUGCCUCUGAUCCUUCUCUCACUGAGCUGUUUUCAUGGGCAAGUUGGAGUCUUGCCAGAACAAACUGAUCACAAGAAGACAGCAUACACCAGAGCGUCCUGUAAUAAUUUAGUUAGAAACUAACUACUAACUAGUCUUUGGAAUUAGUGACCUAUGGAGACAGUGUUUAUCAAUUUAUUGAUUUUAUUUCUCAAAUUAGGAAUUAACUUAUGUGGAUUUUGCUUUCUCUUGUAUUCUGAUUGCCCUUCAUCAUCCCAAGUGUUUACUGAAAAUUCCAUUCUAGAUACUCUUGUUUUGACAAAUGACACUACAGUCUUGUAAUAUUGUCUUUUAUGUAUAUACAAAAUUUACCUUUUGACUAGCAACUGAGAUAGAAUUACUUUCUGGCACCCAGUAUAUUGGAGUCUUUCAGAAACUGUAUAAUAGGCUAGCAGUUUUUAUUAUUUAACAUUUUCGUUUGAAUUUCUAAGAAGCCUAUUCUCUAUCUAUUUUGAAAGAUUUUGGUACUAUAUUUAAUUUAAAGGUAACAAAUAGUACAUGUGAUCCAGAGUAAAUGAGAAGUCUCUAUCUGAGCUGGUCAGUUACAUGUUACUAAUCUGGGUUUAAAGUUUACUUCAUUAUCUGCUAGUGUCAUCCACAGCAGUUCCUCCUCAUCCACACUAAGCCAUCUUGUUAGCUUUUUAAAGAAGUUAAUUUAAUUAACAUUACUAUACUCUAUGGGGUCCCUCUCCCACCUGUCUGCAUAGAAAGGGAGAAUUAGACAUAGCAUGUUUUUGAAAAGCAAAUAGGAAUUGUUGGGAAUGAUUUAAUCUUUUCGUUGUUGUUCACUUGUGGUUCUACAUUCCUGGUGAAUGAUGAAUGUUGCUGUCAAAGUACUGCCCCCUACCUUAUAGGGGUUGCUGGGCAUUUGAAGACUGGAAGAUUUUUAAAGAUAGAUUGAGGUUGGUUUAAAAUUUAGUCCUGUGAACCAACAAUAAAGCAAAGAACAGGUUCAUUUUUUGUAAAUAAUACUGGUUUUGAAUAGUGAUAUUAGACUUAACCUAAUUUAUAAACAAGAGAUUAAUCUCUCCAUGCAUAGUUUUAGGCAAAAAAAAAGUGUUUCAAUAAAAUUGCUGUCUUGUAAUAUAAAUGUUGUCCACUUCCCUUUUUCACAGGCCUAGAAUAGUUAAAGGGAACAAUUUGUUUAGGAUCCCAGAUAAAUGUGAAUCUGGCCAACAACUUUGGUUCAUCCUUUAGUGAAUUAGAGGAUUUGGUUACCCUGAGUAUAUUUAUAUUCAUUUCUCCCAUUGUCCUUCUGUUAUUAUUCUAAACUAAACUAAUGUGAACAGUAGGGAAACAAGGGCCCAAAUGCAUAAGUUUCUUUGCACUCUUGCACUUACUUAAUACAAAUAAAUGUUUUCUAAAGCUUU